CAAGCCUCGAGUUCGAGUGGCCUCCCUGUGCUCCUCUGAUCAUUUCGUACUCCGUUCAAGCCAGGUUUUAUUUUCAUAUUCUGAUUGAGCGAUUGACACUGACGUUCAAACAGGACGGGAAUGGUCUGCGUGAUCAGCAUCGGAUCUCCGGCUAGUCAGUGAAAACCAGUCAACCAUGACUGCUACAAGUCACCUACUGUAACAUAUUUUGGUACUCUAUCUGCACAGACCACAGCUGCAGCUGCAGCAGCAUAAUCACUUGAGCCCCGCUGCGAGCAAACAUCUCUGGUCUGAUCAGUGAUCACUGAUCAGACAUGGCGGUCGGCAUCGUCGCCGUCGAGGACCAGGAGCGCCACUACGGCGGGCGGAUCACCGCCUUCGUCGCGCUGUCCUGCAUGACCGCCGGCAUGGGCGGCGUCAUCUUCGGCUACGACAUCGGAAUCGCAGGCGGCGUGUCGUCGAUGGAGCCGUUCCUCCGCAAGUUCUUCCCGGACGUGUACCGGCGGAUGCGCGGCGACACGUGGGUGAGCAACUACUGCAAGUUCGACAGCCAGCUGCUGACGGCCUUCACCUCCUCGCUCUACGUCGCGGGCCUGCUCACCACGUUCCUGGCCUCGCGCGUCACGGCGGGGCGCGGCCGCCGCGCGUCCAUGGUCCUCGGCGGCGCCGCGUUCCUGGCGGGCGCGGCCGUCGGCGGGGCCUCGGUCAACAUCUACAUGGUCAUCCUGGGGCGGGUGCUCCUCGGCGUCGGGCUCGGGUUCGCCAACCAGGCCGUGCCGCUGUACCUGUCGGAGAUGGCCCCCGCGCGGCUCCGCGGCGCGUUCAGCAACGGGUUCCAGCUCAGCGUCGGGAUCGGCGCGCUCGCCGCCAACGUCAUCAACUUCGGCACGGAGAAGAUCAGGGGCGGGUGGGGGUGGCGCGUGUCGCUGGCGCUCGCCGCCGUGCCCGCGGGGCUCCUCACCCUCGGCGCGCUGUUCCUGCCCGAGACGCCCAACAGCCUCGUGCAGCAGGGGAGAGACCGCCGCGACGUGGCGCGGCUGCUGCAGAGGAUCCGCGGCGCGGGCGUCGACGUCGGGGACGAGCUGGACGACAUCGUCGCCGCCAACGGCGCCGCGGCGGCGGGGGAAGGCGGCGGCCUGCGGGGGUUCCUCUUCGAGCGGCGGUACCGGCCGCAGCUGGUGAUGGCGGUGAUGAUCCCCUUCUUCCAGCAGGUGACCGGGAUCAACGCGAUCGCGUUCUACGCGCCGGUGCUGCUGCGCACCAUCGGCAUGGGCGAGAGCGCGUCGCUGCUGUCGGCGGUGGUGACGGGUGUCGUCGGCGUGGCCUCCACGUUCGCGUCCAUGCUCGCCGUCGACCGCUUCGGGCGCCGCACGCUGUUCCUGGCGGGGGGCGCGCAGAUGCUGGCGUCGCAGGUGCUGAUCGGCGCCAUCAUGGCCGCGGAGCUGCGCGACAGCGGCGGCGUGAGCAAGGCGUGGGCGGGGGUCCUGAUCCUGCUGAUCGCCGUGUACGUGGCCGGGUUCGGGUGGUCGUGGGGGCCCCUCGGGUGGCUGGUCCCCAGCGAGAUCUUCCCGCUGGAGGUGCGCGCGGCGGGGCAGGGCGUGACGGUGGCGGUGAGCUUCGCGUUCACGGUGUUCGUGGCGCAGGCGUUCCUGUUCAUGCUGUGCCACAUGAGGGCCGGCAUCUUCUUCUUCUUCGCCGCGUGGCUCGCCGCCAUGACCGCCUUCGUGUACCUCCUCCUGCCGGAGACGAAGGGAGUGCCCAUCGAGCAGGUCGCCGGGGUGUGGCGCGCGCACUGGUUCUGGUGCAGGGUCGUCGGGCCCGAACCCGACGACCAGGCGCGCGUAGGCCGCGGCAAACUCUGAAACGCCAUGGCGCGCGUGUACUACUUGGUAUAUGCCAGACGAACUGUGAUUUCAGAAACGAGAUAGAAUUCAGAAAACUUUCAUACAGGAUCUCAUAUACUGAGCGAGGAAACUCUGAAAUUUACUGGAUGA